AUGCAGGUUCAUAGUGGCAAAACUUUUGAUCCAGAUGACCCUGAACACAUGCAAUGGGUGUAUUCAGAGGCUGUUAAGAGAGCAGAGCUCUUUGGAAUUCCGGGAGUUACCUAUUCUUUGACCCAGGGUGUUGUUAAAAAUAUCAUUCCUGCUAUAGCAUCCACCAAUGCUAUAAUUUCUGCUGCCUGUGCUUUGGAGACCUUGAAGCUUGUCUCUGGAUGCAGCAAAACUUUAUCAAAUUACUUGACGUACAAUGGAGUUGAAGGUCUGCACACCAAAGUGACCGAGUUUGUGAGGGACAAAGAAUGUCUUGUUUGUGGUCCUGGCGUUCUCAUUGAGUUAGAAGCUUCAGUUACUUUGAAAAAGGUUCUUGUUCUUUUUAUUUCCCAGCUCUUUAAGAUUACUAAUCACUCACAAGAUUGUUCAGUAAAACACUAAGACACCUCCUCAGCAACUUUUUGAUAUAUCAUAUCUCAAAAGCAGCUAAUAGAGUGCUUCCUAAUCUACAUUCAGAAAAAAGAAACCAGCUGAACUGGGGAAGAACGUCCCAGUAUUGACCUUGUUAACUUAUCGUGCAUGUUUCAAUGUGUCCUUGAUAUGACUGUUCUUUUGAGGCUUGAGAAUAGAACUCGGCUGAAAUACUGGAGUUAGUAGUAUCAAAAAAGAGAAUAGAAUUCGGCUGAAAUACCGGAGUUAGUAUGUUGGUCACCUAACUAUAUUAGGUCACUCCUGAUAAUGAUCAUGAGUGGUGUUACUGCUGUCACUACAGGCAAAGUAGUGUCAAGACCAGAUAAGCUUCAUGAAGCGGAGUAGUAGGAACUAGGAACAAGCAAGAAAUCCUAAGGUCCCUAGAACCUGUUGAAAGAAAAGGGAAAAACUUGUCAUGAAAGUUUGAAAAUGUCUGAAAAUCACUGUAUACAGCCUCAAAGACAGAAAAUUGGUAAUCUUAAUUAUGAAAAUAUUUCGUUUCUUAACCACCCAAUAUAAUAUUAUUAAACCCAUCUAAAGAAGGAUAAUUGUAAAAGGAAAUAAAGCAGAAAUUGGAACUUAUGAGAUAACUUGGCAACUGCAGCAAUUACAUUAAACAAUAAUCAAAGUAUGGCACCCUUGAAACAAGAAUCUCUCGUACAGCAGAUAAGUUGGAAGUUCCUUUUUUUUUUUGAGAAUGGUAACAGUUAUAUUAAAAACACAGCACAAAAGCUGUGCUGGUAAGUGGUAACUAUUUACAGAUUCCAGAAAGUAAUCAAAAACCUAUCUUUGCUCUUCUUACAAGGAUUUUAUAAUGUCUAAAAUGGAUUCUUCAUCAUUUACAUAGUUUUCUUUAUACCAAAAAUGAAAAAGCAGAAUACAAUUCGUUGGAAGUUCCAUUUAGAUGCUUCAAUGUUCUUUGUGCUGUUCAUAGUAACUUCCUGGUAUGGAUUGCUUGUAGUAAAAGUUGGAAUGAUCACAUAGGACAUGAUCAUACUCUCGGUUGGAUAAAAGCUUAAUUAAACUAUCUUUUGAACAAUUGAAUAAGCAUAAGAGAGGAGAGACCUUCUUAUUUGGGGGGGAGGGGUAAUAUUUAUGUUUCUGUCGGAGUUCACUACUCCCGCUGAUUUGCCCUUUAUGAUGUCUGGAAGAUCUGUGACUGUGUGCAACAUCUCAUUCACAUAGUUUCUCUGUGUUGAAAGCUGGAAAUUGCUAAAGAACUUUCGGAAUUACUCUCUCUGAUAC